GGUCGGCAGUCGGUGCCGGUCGGCCUCCGCGUGAGGUGGGAGGGUGUGGGACAGCCGACCGGCCGAUCGGGCGGACCCGCGGCGGCUUGGGGCGUGAUCGGGAGAGAUCGAGACGGAUGGAUAGACAGACGAAAGAUGAAAGUGUUUAGGUCUCGUGCGGAUUGCAACAAGAACUGUUUAUGCCAGGGUCUGGUAUGAGCGUGGUGCGUCACAAGUCAAUGUUUUGUGGCCGGCAUUUGGAUAUGUUGCAACGCCGUGUUUUUCCCGAGUGAUGACGGUAUGCUCUGGUGUUUUGCAGGCAGCAAGGCUACCCUGAGGUCUACUCGGCCUUGAGCUGGACGGGAGUGGUCGCAAGUCCGUCAUAAACUGGUCGUGAAUGUGUCGUGAAUUUACCGUGAUUCGACCCUGAGUGGUCCGUGAGUGAGCCGUGAGUGGACCGUGAGUGGGCCGUGAGCCAGUCGUGAUUCGUCCGGCCAUGGCGGAGGCUGACUACCUAGCCACACCCGUGCACGAGUGGGCCCAGCUGUUCGAGCGGCAGGCGCUCACUACCGAGCUGAUUCGGGAGUUUUGGAAGGAGUCGGUGCCUCGUCUCACUGUCCCCCCGCCGGCGGCUCCCGUUGAGGAGCAGACAGCGUUCGAGGACCAGCGCCACCGCCUGCUGCUGCGGCCUCUGUCCAGAUUCCUCCUGGGAGAUGACGCCGUCGACGGAGAGGAGUCGGCCCCGCCGCCGUCGCAGGUCUGUGGCAAGGUGUUCAACAACGGCGACCCCACGUACAGCUGCCGCGACUGCGCGCAGGACCCCACCUGUGUGCUGUGCACCGAGUGCUUCCGACAGUCGGUCCACAGAUACCAUAGGUAUCAGAUGUGCGUCUCUCAGGGUAACGGCGGUUUCUGCGACUGCGGCGACUUCGAGGCGUGGAAGGGUGACCCAACGUGUUCCUCGCAUAAACCGCCGCCUCCUGAGCAGCGGCCCACAGAGGCUUCCCCGGAGCAGGCCGGCAAGGCGUCCGUGCUCUUCAGUGCUGCUAUGCAGUACAUGCUGAGCGUGUUCGACCGGGACGCCAGCACGCUCAAGAUCGUUCCGCUCGAGCUGGACCUGGGUCGAGAACACUACCCUGCACGCAACCAGCGCUACGCCACCAUGGCUUACAACUUCGGCGUCACAGCCACGGACAAGGUGGCCGACACGGUGGCUCAGGUGACGCCCUGCUCGCAGGAGGAGGCCAGGGCAGCGGCCACCGCGCUGAAAAAGGAGGGCGCCGCCAUACUGCUCUAUAAUGAUAUCACGGGUUGUGACGAGCUGCUGAAGCGUCUGAAGCCGGAACAGUCGCGUAAGCUGCGCCGUGCCGAGCUGCACGUGGUUCACGCGCACGUGGCGGCGCACCAGCUGUUCACGCUGCGACUGGUCCGCCACCUGCGGGAGAUGCUGGAGCGCCGGCCCACACUGCGGCCUCUGUUCAACACGGUCAUGCAGCAGACUGUCGGCGGCUCGGAGCUGAUGCCUUCCAUGCUGGAGCGUGUGAUGGCCUGUGAUGGCAGACAGUGGAAACAGGCCAGGCACGAGACGCAUCUGCUCCUCAUACAGGGCAUGCUCAUGGACAUGGAGUCGAAAAAGUACUUUGCACAGAUGUUCACGGCCCGGUACCGGGAGCAGACGUUGGCGUCCCUGCCGAGCAGCAUGCAGGACCAGAUCACCGUGCAGGACCUGUCUGUGCAGAUCUACACGGUGCCCUCGAUCGCACACCACCUCAUGGCAGAGCAAGACGCCCUGGCUGUCGUCAUCGGGACACUGGUCGAUGAGCUACGCACGCAUACACACGGCGGUCAGCUGGUGCUCCGACCGGUGACCUCCGACUCGGCCGCUCGGCGCCGGUUCGAGUGUGUCAUCAGCUGUCUCACCGACGCCAAGUACCUGCUGAGCGUGGUCCCGCCGACUCAGUCGGAUAAACUGCGUGCCGGAGUGCGCCGCGGGCUGGACAUGCUGCUCGAGCUGCUCUACUUCUGUGAGGGCAUGGAGCCGGUGGUGCGCGCCCAGACGGCCCACGUGCUGUACGACCCGCAGUACGAGCUGCAGAUGACGCUGUCGUUCAGUCUGGCGCCGCUGGUCAAUCAGGUGCUCGAGUGGUGCGCCUCCGAUCGACAACUGCUCGUCUAUGCGUACAGUGCCGUGCUCUCCAAGCUGCACUCGCGCCUGCCGCCGGACAAGUACUUCCAGCGGUGUGAGGUGCUGCGGUUCGGGCGCCGUCUCAGUGUCAGCCCUCUGUCUGUGAUGACAAUGCCCGUCAGUCUGGAGUUGCCGCUGUCCAGACUGCUCGCGGGGCUCCAUCUACAUUUGGCGGCGCACGGCCUGAGUUACAACAGCAGCGAGUUUGCCUCACUGGAGGACCGCGUCACUCCAGCCCAGAUGCUGGAGCGGCCACUCCGGGCGCUGGUGGUCGAUGCCCAGGUGCAGUCUGGCCUGUGGCGGCGCAAUGGCCGCUGGUUGGAGAUCAUGUGCAGCUGGUACUCGCUGCCCGUCCAGGUGGCCGAUAUGCGCGACAGAGACCUCCAGGUGGCGCAGAUCUGUGCGUCUCUGAUGGACCCGGACGAGUUCGUAGCCACGCUGCUGUUCCGACAUGGAGCGGCUGACGCAGACGGAACGCUGGCUGGCGAGCACGGCGAGGCACUGCCGGAGGACGACCCGGAGGGCGAGCGGCGUGAGCACAUGGACAGCAACAUGGCCGACCUGCUGCUGCUACUGCUGCACGUGUUCGCCGAGCGCUACCAUCCGGGCGUCGGCCAGGUCACCAAGGAACAGUGCCUGGAGAAUGAGGUGAUCCAGUUUCUGUGCGUGAAGCCGAUGACCCACUCGCAGGUGGCCAAACAGCUGAGCGAGGCCGACAGCGGCAUGCUGGAGGCGGCUGUGAAACGCGUGGCCGACUUUGCCACCCAGCAGGACUUCCGGGGGCAGCUCACCUAUCAUAUCAAACCAGAGUACACACACCGGUACACCCCGAUGUGGCACCACUUCUCGCGUCACUACCGGUCCCAGUCGGAGCAGAGACUGCGGCGGCUGCGACGACAGCGCGGCGAGUCGGCCUGUCUGCCGCCGCCGCCGGCGCCGCCCUUCCAGCCGGCGCUUCGGCCCGCCAGAGCCAUCCUGACCUGUGACGUGACGCUGCAGGUGCUGCUGCAACAGCUCAACAGGAUGUUUGACGCGCCGUUCGCCGCCUCUCUGGAGCUGAUCCUGCUCCGCUCCUUGUUCCUGAUCGGCACGGCGCUGAACGAGGAGGAACGUGAGGCCAACACCGACGAGCCGGAGCCGUUCUGUUUCUCCGGGCCGGCGCAGCGGGUCGGGCUGGUGGACGUGCUCCAAAAACUAGUCGGUAACCCGCGCGUCAGUCCUCACGCCGACCUCUUAGCAUGGGUGAACGCCAAGCUGAACCGUCUGCUGGGCCGAACUGCAGCCGCCUCAGACAGCCAGGCGGCGGCCUCAGAGGACGCCGGCAGCGAGCAGAAGCGCCGCCGGGCGAAGGCGGCCGCCCUGCGCUCGCGGAUCCUCGGCCAGAUGCAGGCGCAGCAGAAGAAGUUCAUCUCUGAGAACAUGACGGCGCUGACCGAGCCGGAGGAGGCGGAGCCGAGCGGCGCGCUGUCGGCCGAGCGGGCGGCGGCCGUCACCGGGUCGGCCAUGGACCUGAGCGAGGGCGCCGAGCCGGACCGGUGGCCCGUGUGUCUGGGCCCGCGGCAGUCGGCGCGGCCGGCCGCACCCGCCGAGUACACGUGCAUCCUGUGCCAGGCCACCGAACAGGUGUCCAGCACGCGGCCGGCCAUGGUGAUGGCGGCGUUCGUGCAGCUGUCGACGGUGCUGUCUCGGGACCGGGCGUCCACGGCGGCCAACCCGGUGCUGUACGUGCCGAGCUCGCUGCACCGGCUGCCGCACACCUCCAGCUGCGGACACGCCAUGCACGCCGCCUGCUGGCAGCGGCACUUUGACAGCGUGGCGCGAGACAGACGCGCUCACCCCAGAGUCCAGUACCUGUCGUCGUUCGACGUGCAGCGCCACGAGUUCCUGUGUCCGCUGUGUCUCCGUCUGAGUAACACAGUGAUACCCGUGGUGGCCGAGUGGGGCGGGGCGGCGCCGGUCCCCGCCACCGCCGCCACCGUCGACCACAUCGACGUGUGGCUGUCGGGACUGAUGGUGGCCUGUGGACCGGUGCGCGGCGGCGGUGGUACCGAGGAGGACCCGUGCUCGUGCUGUGACCCGGACUGGGCCGACACCCUGACAGCGGCUGUCGGCUGCCAGCUCACAGAGAGGGAAAGUGCCCAGUUCCUGGCCGUCUCUCGGCUGGGAGUUCCGCCUCCAGAGACGCACAAGUCCGCGCGCGACAUGGCCGGGAGGUUCUUCCAGUCGGCCUAUUCGGCGGCGCACCUGUCGCGGCCGGCCGAGCGCGGCGAUCGCCGCCAGGUGGCUCUCCAAACCUGCGUGUACUCUGUUCACUGCGCCGAGCAGCUGCUGCGCGCCGCCGAGCGGCCGCUGCUGGCCGAGGACAGCUGGCGCGCCCACCUCUGUCUGCGCCAGGUGGUGCGCGUGUGCGCCACACUGGCGCCGGGCGCCACCGGCCUGGAGCCGGCGCGACACCAGUGCCUGGCGCUACUGCGCCACCUGCUGCUGCCCGACGCCGACACACCCACUGCGGUCGACUUUGACGCGUUCGGUGCGGUGGUGAUGCUCAGUAUGGGCCUGCCUACGGUGGCGGCGAGACGGGAGCAGGAGGGACUGCUGGCGCCGGCCGGCUCGCUACAGGACCUGCAGUGUGUUCGUCUCUCGCUGCUGCUGCACCUGGUGCAGAUCCUGCUGACGCUGGACGUGGCCGAGCUGACGCGCCAGCAGCCGAUGGAGACGGACGACGAGCCGGCCGCCGGUGACCAGGACGAGCAGCAGUGGCUGGCAGAGCUCUACACGCUCGUCCGCUCCGCCGCCGGCGUCGAGGUGGCCGACGUCAGCCCGCCGCUGCUGCGCCAGUACGUGUCCGGCGCGGUGACGCCGUUCCUGCGCUGCUGCGCGCUCUACUUUCACUUCCUGACGGGAGUGCGCGCGCCCGACGAGCUGCUGCAGCCGCUGCCGCUGGCGGCCCAGUACCCGCACCUGCUGCGCUACCUGGGACUCGACUCGCUCUGCGUGUCGCAGGCCAUCGAUUACAGCAGCGCCGUACAGGCACUGGUGCUCAGUUGGUGCCGCCAGCCGAGCCUGUCGUCUCGUCUGGCCGAGCUGCCGGCGCGUGUGAUUGUGCCCAACGGCGUCAGUCGACUGAUCGACCUCCCGCACGAGUACUCCGACCUUAUACUGCAGGCGUCGUCGUUCCAGUGCGAGUGUGACGAGCAGGAGCCGACGCUCAGUCCGGCGCUGUGUCUGGUGUGCGGCGCGCUGCUCUGCUCCGACCUGGCCUGCACGCGGCACCGGCAGACGGGACGGCGCGGUAUGGACGGACACGCCGUCUGCUGCGGCGCCGGAGUCGGUGUACUGCUCGUGGUGCGCCGGUGUAAACUGUACCUGCUGCACACCAAUGAGGUCACCACGGCGCGCACCGAGUCACCCAGAAAGGCGCUGUACCCGCCGCCGUACGUGGACCGUUUCUGCGAGCCGGACCAGGGACUGCGGCGGCGUAACCCGCUAACUCUCCACCGCGAGCAGUACGACAAACUAAACCAGAUGUGGCUGGCGCACGGCGUCUGCGACAGCGUAACUCGCUACCUGGAGGAGUACUCGGCGGGCAUGAUUCUCGACUGAGAACCCUGUGGGAGCUCCGGUGAGUAGCCUGAGAGUUCUUGGUUCCUGAAUAGCCCCAUUGGAGACCCGCCGAGGAGUUUGAAGAUUCUCAGUGGAAGAGUUGGUCGAAGUUAAGGGUACUUUGUCUUUAAUGGAGCUGUGUUGAAUGGAGAGUGAGAUGUAUGUUGAGCUGGUAACUCGUUACGUGGAACCCUGAGAUGGAAGACCCCCGAUGCCCAGCCGGAUUGAAAAGAAGAGACAGGAUACUGGCAGCAGGCUUUUACUUUUGUGUUGGAGAACAGGAGCUUUGUAUUUUGGCCGUCGUUGUUUGAGACCGGAGAGUAUUAUGCUGGCUGCUGUUUGAGACAAUAGUGGCAUAUCCUGCAGACCCUGUUUUUAAGACAGCAAGUAUCUGGCUACAGGGCUGCUAUCUGGAUCGGUUUUGAGACGGCAGAUCUGGCAGAUAUCUGGCCGGGUGAGUCGCUGAUCCAGCAGGAGCUGAAGUGCCGUAGAGCUGGCGACUCGUGAGGUUUCAGACAGGGUGUGGCGAAUGAGAGACGAUGGUGCUAUGUGAAUUUCAGAGACCCCUAUGGAGGAGGUGCGCGCGAUGACUUGUGAAGCUGUGCUAAAGCUGUGUGUGUUCAGGUGACCGAUUGUCCAUAUAGGUACGUAAUAUUUGUGAAGAUUGUACAUAGGAUUCACUGUAACUUGGUGUUCUUCGAGAUAUUGCCCGAAUAUUUGUGAGGAAAUAUGUAUAUAGUUAUUGUACAUUGUGUCCAGCGAGAUAUUAUAAACGUCGAGUUGCAGGAGCGAAACGAUUUGAAGCGUAGAUCUAAAUCAUGACCCUUUACGUUGGCGGUUAAAAGUUCAUGGAUCGGUCACCAGGAUGAUCUGUCUUAGUUUGUGCUGCCAAUCCUGCGGCGAAUUCAAAGUGUGUUCAUACAUACGGAGUCGAAAUUUCCCGGAGUUGUCUGGCCGGAUUACAUUUACCAGUUGGUAGCUAUGGCCCACGAUUUGAUUCAAUGUUGGCAUCAAGUACAUUAGUGGUGAACUACCCAUCCUCGCUGUUUGAAGCCCUGUGGCUGUCUGUGUCUGUGGAAAAAUACAUUGUUCGCUUGUGAAAA